AUGGUUGGGUUGGAUCACCAAUCAGUGGUGGCAGAGGCCGCCUUAUCAGCUCUAUCGUCCUUUUUCUGUUGGAUUUUGCAAUGCUGCAUAGCUGAAUUAUGCACUGCUGGAUACCGCAUAGCUGGAUGCUGCAGUGCUGGAUUCUGCAGUGCUGGAUGUUGCAGGGCUGGAUUCAGCAGAGCUGGAUUCUGCAUAGCUGAAUUUUGCAUAGCUGGAUUCUACAGUGCUGGCUUCUACAUAGCUGGAUUUUGCAAGGCUGGAGGUUGCAAAGCUAGAAUUGGCAGGGCUGGAUUCUGCAAGGCUGAAAUCCGCAGAGCUGGGUUUUGCAUAGCUAGAGUCUGCAAAGUUGGAUUCGGCAAGGCUGACUUCUGCAGGACUGGAUCUUGCAGGGCUGGACCUCUGCAGGGCUGA